AUGACAGUUGGUAAUCAAAGAAAGGUUAUCACCGUUGUAGGUGCCACAGGUACUCAAGGCAGCUCGGUCACGCUGUCUUUGCUUCAAAACCCAGAUUUUGAGGUCCGCUGUGUCACCAGAAAUAUAUCGUCCGCUAAAGCACAAGAGCUGAAGAAUUUAGGGGCUGUGCUCGUGGAGGCGAAUGGGCUAGACGCGAGGCAAAUGACUGAAGCCUUCACCGGCAGUUGGGGCGCCUUCAUCAACACCAAUUCUGAAGAUCCGCACCUACUUGAAAUCGGUAAGACGGACGUCGAUCUCGGUGGCAAUAUCAUGCGCAGCGCCGCCGCGGCAAAGGUGCAGCAUAUCGUCUAUAGUUCUGGCCCCAGCCCAACCAAGAUCACCAAAGGCGAAUUGGCCAUCCCAGGGCUCGAUCACAAAGCGGAGGUUGAAGCCAUCGGUCGCAGCCUCGAAUCCUUCCAGACCUUCACUCCGGUCAUUGUGUCCUGGUUUUUGGAGAACUAUUUGGAUUUGAUGUACGCGGAAAUCUUCGGUGGUUUCCCACUGAAGAAAGACGACGAGGGUUUCCUCACCUACCGCAUCCCACUCUGGGGUGGGCGUGAAGACGUCCCCUGGAUCAGUGUCACCGACGAUCUCGGAGAUAUCGUGCACGGCAUCUUCCUCAACCCAACUCGCUGGAAUGGUCGUCUCGUCCAGGCGAAUGCGGACAUUGCCUCCUUUGGGGAUGUCGUACGGAAGUUCGUGAAAGUGACUGGACGCAAAGCCCGAUACAUCCCUUAUGUCAGCGCCGAUGACUUUCCUACCAACGGCGUCCAUUUCCUGGAGCAGUUACGCGACAUGUUCAAAUUUAUCCAAUACCGGGAUGGUGAGUAUUUUUGCACCGGAAUCACCGAGGUGCGGUCUGCGGCUGAGUUGAAGAAGUCUGCAUUCAAUGCCAAAGGGGGCAAGGGCCGUGAGAAUCUGAUGUCGGUGGAGGAAUGGUUUAAGGUGAAAUUUGCCCCCUCAAAUGAAAUGGGAUUGAAGGCCUAA